CGUUGCUCUCAGUCGCUCUCCUGUGCUCGGCAAGGCGGCUUCUCUUUCUACUCUCUCUUUGUCAGCGACACAGAACUUACUGCUUUCUUGCCUGAACUUAAAAGACGCGAUCUCGGGGCACAGCAGCCUCUCCUGCUGUCACACCAUGUUACCCUGGAGGAGGAAUAAGUUUGUUCUGGUGGAGGAUGAGAACAAAAUGAAAGCCAAGAGUCUGGGGACCGGACUGACCUAUCACUCCAUUAUCUCCUCUCUGAUGCGCUCCUGCCCUGACCUGCUCCCCGAGUGCCCCUUGGAUUGGAUGGGCAGCAUCUUCCAUACCAAACGACAAAAGGUGGAACUAAACCGAGAGGAGCCCGUUUACAGUGUGCGCUACCUGGGAAGUGUGGUCACCAUCACAGCUAAGGGAGAAGGGUGCACCCAAGAAGCUGUGGCCAAGAUCUGGGCGAAAAGCAACUACGGGGAGCAGAACGUCAAAAUGAGACUGACUGUGGGACCGCAAGGCAUCCGUAUGAGUGCUGACAAAUCUGGGAAUAAAAGUCCCAUUCAUCUUUACUCUCUGAGCAGGAUCACCUACUGUACGGCGGACCUGUGCCGGCCCAAGAUCCUGGCCUGGAUCUACAGGCACCAGAUUAAGAACAUGGCUGUCGUCCUCCGUUGCCACGCCGUCUUAGUGAACAAGCCCGAGAAAGCCCAGGCCAUCGCGCAGAGCUUCUACCUGCACGUCACCUCGGCAUUCAGCGAGUUUAAACGUCUAAAGCGCCAGAGCGACUUCCGGCACUGUCAGCAGCAGCUGUUGGGGGAGGAGGCGGUCCCCCUGAUGCCCCUGAGGAGGCUGCUGAACGGGCAGUGCCACUACAGGUCACCGGCCAACACCCCCGGGAGCGCCACCCGUCUCUGCUCCAUCACGGAGGAAGCGGAGGAUGACGACGACAGCGACAACGAGAAGGCGCCCCUGGAGCGAACCUCGGAGACGGUGCCCAAAAGGAAGCAAACGGUUUUGACGACAAGCACAGACCCGACUCAGUUAUUGUCCCAGUUGGACCUUGGGGAUAUUGCUCGCUUGGAGCAGUGCCAAAUUAACUUCGUCAGCGAGAGCAAUAACCACACGUUCACAUUUAUAACCUCGCUGGUGUAACUGUGAACAAAAAAUACCAAUGGGUCUUAUUUUUCCUCAUCCCUUCAGCAAAUACCCCACUUGGUAUCCUUUCCCCUCCUUGAAGUCGAUUCACCAGGAUCUGUUGGCAGGCUGGUCUUCUGCGGCGGCACUUUGUGUCCUGGCCAGAUGGCUGUGACGCUGGCACACCAGAUUGACUGUAGCAAGUCGGGAAUGUUUACAAGGAGAGUUGCUGAUGCACACCCUCAUGAGCACAACGCCGAAUGUCGCUUUUAGACACCAUAAAUUGACAUAUGGUCGUGUUCUGAUCACUGAAGGGUCCUUGAGCUUUGCUUUUUUUUUGCAAAGCAGUGCGUUUCUAUGUUUGUGGAGUACUGUAUUUCUAAUGUGACAAUCCUCACUGAUGUUCAUAUUGAAGACAUUUAUUACUGAUUUAUUAACGAGGGAGGCGACGGAUUAGGAUGCAAGCCAUUAAUGGGACGUUUUAACCACUGCCAUUUGUUACCGUCCUUAUCAUUUAUGCAUGACGUGUCAAAUGUAACCUUUCGCGUUGAGCUUUUGUUUUUAAUCAUGUGACACCUUCAAAGGGAACACUGUGAUAAAUGUGUAAGCAGGGAUAAAAUCAUACAAAAGAGUCUAAUUUAUGUCCGUUUGUCAUGGUUGUGCUUUCUUUCCACUUACAUAACCUUACAGUCCGAAGAAUUAUUUGGAAUAUGGCUGGAGCGACUUUCCUCUUGAUUGAUUCCUAAAAGAUUG